CCGUGCGUCUGCCGCCAACAUGUUAAUUUCACAGAAGAACCAUUUCGCAUUUUGGAAGAUCUCAACAAAGCAGACCUGUUUCAAUUUAAUCAAAAACGUCAAAAACAUUUUUGAAAACCGACAAUGUACGCCAGGACGAAUGCAGGGAGCACGCAUGGAGACUUUCAGGACAGAAACGGAGUGAACUACGUGUCAUCGACAGAGUCUUUCGGCCACUGCUCUCAAUUGUUCUGGAAAAAGGACCCGAACGAUUCAGGACCAAGUUCCACCAUCAGCUGGUGUGAUCAGCUGCCAUCAUCCUCAGCAUCACUCUCCAGCUCCGCUCUCUCCAUGGAGUCACGAGCUCCGCCUCCACCAGCAACAACAGCAUCAGAUGACAUGGAGUCCGAUGAAAGGCCGUACGUCUGCGAUCUGUGCAGCUGUGCCUACAAACAUGCCAGCUCGCUGCUCAACCACAAGCUCACACACAGGACAGGAGACUUCAAGUGCGAUUUCUGCAGCAAACCCUACACCAACUACAUGUCUCUGCGCAAUCACAUGCGAAUUCAUGGCCAGAAGCGUUACAUGUGCGACCUGUGUGGGAAGGCCUUUCGCCUGGCAAGGUACCUCCGUAACCACCAGAGAAUACACGACGAUGGGCCCAACCGCUUCGACUGUCCUUCCUGCUGUAAGAGCUACAGAACCAUGCUGGAGUUGGCGCAGCACCGCUGCAGUGCAGCGGCGUCCCAUCAGAACCGGUUCAGCUGCCCGUCCUGCUUUAAGAGCUACAGAACCAUGCUGGACCUGGCCCAGCACCGCUGCAGCGCCGCGGCCAAAAACCAGGUUGGUGUGAGCGUGAGUGCGCACGUGUGAAGCAGUCGCCUGAGCGAUGUGUAGUUGUGGGCCAGGGCUAAGAUCAGGAAAUGUUACACAUGUGAUGGGCAGGAUGAACUUGCCCGUCACGCAUGUCGAACCUGGGUCGACGAAGCCUCCGACGUCUGUAAACAAACACGCAUUAGCCACACUUUAUAACAGCCCAGCAACACUCGAUACAUUAGAUGAAACAAAGGACCACUUACAGAUGGUAAUGAUGGACUUCCUUUGGGACUGCGGUUUUUUUCAGCCGCCUGAGGCUCCUUCGCCCGCUGUGUUGUAUCCACGCGCCAUGCAGUGGCGGCUUACAGCGGUGCUUUGUCCUAAUGUAGUCCCAAGUCUAAACCUGCUCCUGGAAUUCCUUCGUGUUACUUCUUACUUUUCGUUAGCAGUCCACGUGAUUAUUGGGCUCACCAGGAACUCGAGUCAUUUUAAUCACUUUUGCACACAAAAUGCUAACUUCUGCUAUUCGCUUCCAUUGUUUAUGCUAAGCUAAAGCAGACAGAUGGCUGCCAGACCAGGAGAAUUACUGCGCUGGUUACUAAAUGCUUUUCUCUCACUUAUCUAACUCUGGGAAAUACAGAAAUAGACAAAGUUUCACUUAGGGGUGGAAUGUCCUUUCAAGUAGGUGCUAUACAAAUACAGGCCACUCACCAUUACCACAUGAGGAAUAAACUUAUUUUAUUUUCAUGGUCACAGAUACAAUGUUUUUUAAUAAAAAUCUGUUACGAGGGUUUCUACCUUACUGAAUGUAAAUUAAUUGUAAAAAUACAUACGUCAUCAAGUAAUUACCAAAGUAUUCUCAGAUAGUCAUGUAUACAUAUAUAAACCUAUCAUUUCCAUGUUCGUAAAGGAAAUGUUUAUUUCUGUUAACAGUUGUUUACCUUUUCAUGUCAUAGCGACACAAAUUAAUUAAUUUAAAAAAAUUUCAUAUUUAUUUACAAAUUGCUGAACAAUAUUCACAUUGUCUUGAUUACAUGAGUAAUCACAUUAUUAUGUAGGGAUGUUCUCAUCACGUAUUUUUUUCCUGAUCCGAUCCAAGUCUGCCCAUACCGACUCCCGAUCUGAUACAUUUCAGCGAAGCGCUAAAAUAGAAAUAAAACACAUCUGUUUCACUUUCACAUACACUGAUUUAAAAAAUGUGUGCGUACAUAU